AUGGCGGACGGUCUUUUCGGCAACUCCGCUGCUUUCGGCGAGAACUCCAAGGAAGAGCAAACCGAGCAGCCGGCGAGCCACAGACGCACCAAACUGUAUCCUUGGGACAGCGUGGCGGCACAGCUGCUGGAACCGUAUGGCUGCAGCACACUCGACAGCAUGAAUUUGAAGCAGGUCUACGAAGCCACCGCUCGCGGCAAUAAAUCCGCCGCCUACCACUCGCAUCUCUGUGCCGAUCAAACGCAGGAUGCUUGGCGUGUGGGUGCUGGCAUAUCGCUCACGGCUGCCUCGCUGUUGGCUACAUUCGAGCACUUGGAAUCGAAAGAAAUGAAGCUCAUCAUCGUUGAAGAGUUCUAUGUCAAGAUCAAGGCCGAGAUUGACCAUCUCAAGCCGCACCUGCGCAUGCUUAACUUCGGUAAAGGAUCGGCGGCUCAGAAGGACACAGGUAGCUUCCGAGCAGUCAAGAAGCAAAGGACUCUCGGCUCCAACAUAGAAACACCUACCCCUACGCAAGAGCAGUUGGAGACUGCCGCCAAAGAGUUCUUCAAGUGGUUGAGUUCGGCGAAAACGCCGUUGCGGUCGAUGCUAUUCCUGCUGAGUGGCAGCAACACCUACUACAGUUCCCAUUGUGCAGAAGUUGUAGCUCGCGCAUGCAUCCAGCAUAAGCCGAUUACGGAAGCGAACUUCGUGGCGGCCGUCUUCGCCCGCAGUAAGCAAGCCCCUGCUGACACUGCUACCAGCUCCGAUGCGCAGGGCUUGUUCGAUCUCUGA